CGAGUGACACAGAGACGUUUGACAGUGCGGAUAGUGUAGCGAACGAGUGUGGUCACGUCGAGCUUGAUUUAACUUCGACUAUUUUUUUUUUGGGUUUCUAAAGCGCAGCUGUCACCUUUGUUACACAUAUAUACUUUUUACUCUCUUGUUGGCUGUGAAAGCGCGGUGAUUCUCGUGAGAGUGACGCGCCUACCACGAUCACGCUUCCAACGAAGAAGAGAAAGAAGAAAAAAAAAAGAAGAAGAAGGAGGAGGAAGUAGAAGAAGAAGAAGAAGAAGAAGAAGAAGAAGAAGAAGAAGCAGAAGCAGAAGUAAUAAUAGUAGUAGUAUAAGAAAAAGGAAAUAAAUAAGAAACAACAAAGUUGAGGACACAGGAAAAUGAUGACAAGGAAGACACAACACUGACGUUUUGUUUUCGAUCGUUGCGUCGCGUGUGUACCACCAGUUGCGUGUUGCGUAACCCCGAUUUUACGAGUUUCUAUCUUUCUCUCUUUCUCUAGAUCCCCCUACUCUCUCUCUUUUUCUUUUUCUCUUUCUUUCUCUCUUUCUCUUUCUUUCUCUCUCUCUGUCUGUCUGUCUCUGUCUCCCUCUUUAUUUCUUUUUCUCUCUCUUACUCCACCUAUCCUCGUAGCUGGUUCGCAACACGUCUGCAGGUUCAACAGGCAGGAAUCUUUCAAACUUCAACAUUGACUGGACAACAUCUUCUUCUUCUCUCUGGACCGUACUAAUUAUCUUUGGAAACAUCCAGUAUCGUACGAAUGAUGCAAGGAGGAACGAAGGGGUCGAAGAUAUUUUAGAAAUGGCGGAAGGCACGUGCCCGUUUUAUUAAAGAGGAUUACGAUAAGCUGCAAGAAUGGUGUUGGUUGUAAACGGGGUCCUUCAGGAAGAUGUCCCGACGGACAGUAGGUCCUUGUACGUGUCACAUCCCGUAUAUCGUGAGACCGCCGCGCAACUUCACUCAAUGCCGGCUAAAUUAGUAGGCCCAGUUGGCCUUUUGUAUGUCCAACAACGAGAAAUGGCCGCCACAUUGCCACACGAUAAGAACGUGAGCAUCCUCGGCUCGGACGACAUGACUACGUGCAUAAUCGUCGUCGUGAGGCAUUCCGGAUCGGGUGCAGCAGCCUUGGCACACCUGGACGGUGCAGGUACAGAAGAUGCCGCAGCCGCGAUGGUUCAAAGGGUGACAGAAUUAGCUAUUGGCUUUCCGGAAGGUCGUUUAGAGCUUCAAUUAGUCGGCGGUUAUUCCGAUCCAAGAAAUUAUUCCGAGGAAUUGUUUUAUAAUAUUCUCUCUGCCUUUCACAAACAACCCGUCGAAAUCGACCUAACGUUGUGCUGUGUCGGUGAAUUGAAUACAACCGUAAGAGCUGGCAUCCAUUGGCCUGUGAUCUAUGGUAUCGGAUUGAACGUGAAGACCGGCGAGAUCUUCCCUGCGACCUUCCCUGACAAGGGCCCCGAUCAGCCGCUCAGGUGUGCCAGACAGUUAACCGGAGGUCAACAGGUACUCGACGUUUACGACUGCACACUGGGAUUACUUAGAAUCGGCCCAUUUAAUUAUGAUCCCUUAAGAGGUGUCGACCUCUGGCUAGCUCAAUCCGAUCAGUUCAUCCUUCAACAUCUAUCGACGUCGCCGGAAGUCGAACUUCCUCAUUUCGUGUCACAGGUACGAGCAACGCUUAAAUAUAUCCAGGACAAUCAAUUUCCGGCGGUUACCGUCUUUCGAGAUAAUAGGCCUCAUUAUUAUCGUCGGGACGAAGCAACUGGAGUCUGGCAACCGAUACGAUACUAAUUAUUGCACUUCGAAUUACAUUAACAUGUAUAUGUAUGUGCGCGCCAACUUUUUCGUCCUUUCUUGAGGGAGCAUGAAAUCAAUUAAUUAAUUAAUUAAUUAAUGCUCGCGAAGAUUCGUCACUCCUUUUUUUUUUCUUUUCUUUUCUUUUCUUUUCUUUUUUUCUGUUUUUUUUUCAACCUCGACGAGAAGAAGAAAAAGAAAAAGAAGAGGAAGAAGAAAUCAAUUUUCUAUCAAUCGAUAAUUGCGAACUAUAUAAAAAAGGAAAGAAAUAUGGCGGACUAAAAGGAGGGAAAAAAGAAAAGAGAAAAUAAUUAAAUCAACGUGAUGUUCUUCUCGCGUUGAGAUUCGAAAUAAAUAAUUAAUCCUAAGUGCGAGAGGGGAGAGAGAGAAAGAGAGAAAGAGGAGAGACGGACGUCGUCGUCGUCUUCGUCGUUGUCGUCUUCAUCUUCGUUUUCCUGAAGAUUUAUGCCGCGUGAAUCACGAACAUGAAUUACGCUUUCGUGGAACCACGUUGGACUCGUGUUUAUCGUUAAGAUUGCCUGUGAUGUCGAAUGAUUCAAUCAUCAAAGGAAAAUCAAACCGGUUUGAUUUUCACAGAUAUGACGAAUGGAAUGGCCGCCAAGCGUAAAAUAGAAUGUUCUACGUAUAUAAUAAUGGAUGAUAAAUACUUAACGUCGAUUGCUUUUCGAUGUCGUUAAUUAAAAUAUAUAUUUUAAAAAUUUCAUACGAACAAAUUUCACGUACGCUUCUUUUUAUUAAAUAAUAAAUAACCAUAAGAUAGAUAGAGAUAGAGAGAGAGAGAGAGAGAGAGAGAGAGAGAGAGAGAGAGAGAGAGAGAAAGAGAGAGAAAGAGCUGAAGUGAAUGAGAAAGCGUAAUUAUUCAACGUUCGCGGUUCACGCUACUUGAGAACGGGACAUUAAGUUUUGAUUACGUUUGAUCAUUGGCGGAUUUUUUUAACCUUCGAGGAAUCCACGGAGACAAAUUACAAAUUCUUGAGGAGGAGGAAUAGAGGGAAAAUGGGACGCCCGCCUCCCUUUUCCCUAACAUUAUAAAAUAAAUCAAUUAUUAUGCGCACAAUAUAACAUUACGUAUAUAUACUUUCUUGCAUCGAUCGUUCAUGAAAAUUGAGAAAUAAACACUGUGCAAUAAAAUUCGAUCAUAAUCUCAUUAAUAAUAAAAAUUAAAAAUUAUAUAUCUAUCUGCCGUCGAAAGAUAUUAAAUUCAUUUUGUUUAUAUAAUUUGGAAUUUUUUUUAUACUUUGUCGUAUCGUCCCGUGUCGUGUCGUGUCGUGUCGUGUCGUGUCCUGUCGGGGUCUUAUAUCUUAUAGGGCCCAAAGCAGCCGCCUCCGCCAUUUCUAUGCAUAAAUCCGCCAUUGUUAUCGUCUUUCGUUUCAUUACUUUUGGACAUCGUUUCUCUCGUCGCUUUUGUAAAUCAAUAAAUAAAUAUUAUUAUAGCGUACACAUACACGUACACACAGACACACACACACACACACACACACGUGCAGUUUGAACGAACGAUCGAUCAUGUUCGAUCGUCGAUCACGUUGAUGAUAUAUAAUUAAAAAGCUUAGAAACUCGUGUUCUCUUGCCAUUUUUAUUUUUACAAGUUAAGAGAGGGAAAAGAAACAGAGACAGAGAGAGAAAGAGAGAGAGAGAGAGAGAAAGGGACGGAAAAAAAAUAAAAAACGUUUGUGAAAGGAAAAAGAACUUUUUUUCCGGGUUUGUUUUGUUCUUUUUUUCUAUAAUUUUUUUAUUUCCUUUUUUAUUUUUAAUUUUUUUUUUUUCCUUUUUUUCUUUUUCUUAAUAAUCUCAAGAAAUUCACACAACGAAUAUUUCAACGUGUACUUGCCAUAAACGAAAAAAGAAAGAAAGUUUAGCGUUAGACGAAUAGUUUUAAGAGAAUUUUUUAGAGAGAGAGAGAGAGAGAGAGAGAGAGAGAGAGAGAGAGAGAGAGAAUAUCAAUAAAAAAAAAGGAAGAAAGAAAG